CUAUUAUAUCGUGGCGUCCAUGUUGCUUCGGAAAGUUCGAAGAAGGAAAAAUACGCCAAAAUCGCAAGUUUAUCAACCCUUUUCCUGUGUUUCAAGAUCAGGUAAAAUAAAUAAAGAAGUUGUGUAUAUAAUUUCACGAUGUCGUUUCCUCCUUCAAUGAAUAGACCUCCAAUACCAAUGCCGCCACUUCCACCAGGAAUGCAGCCACCGCCAUUCGCAUCAUUUCCACCAUUGCCACCUGGAACCAUGCCGAUGUCAAUGUCAAUGAUACCUCCAGUUACAUCAAACGCUUCAUCACCAUCACCGUCAAGCAAUCUUCACAGACAGUCCUAUUCAAAUUCAGGAAGAAAGACUGAUUCAUCGUCAUCAACACACAUGAGAAGGUAUCAAAUGUUUGGUAGAAAGAAUUACAUGCAGCCGAGUAGAGUAGCAAGCACCUAUAGAAAAUAUGAUAGAGAUGAUGAUGAUGAUGACAAACGGGAUGAUGAUGAUCCAAAUAAACCAAAGACGACAGUUUUUGUGGGUAAUAUAUCCGAGAGAGCUUCAGACAUGAUGAUCAGGCAGAUGUUAAAUAAAUGUGGUGCAAUUGUAAGCUGGAAAAGAGUUCAGGGUGCGUCGGGUAAACUGCAAGCAUUUGGAUUUUGUGAAUAUGCCGACCCAGAAGCUAGUUUACGAGCCAUGAGGCUACUACAUGACUGGCAGAUAGCAAACAAGAAAUUAGUGGUAAAAGUAGAUGCCAAGACUCGAGCAUUAUUAGAUGAUUAUUUAGCAAAGAAAAAAAAUGAUGAUGAUGAUGACGACGACAACGAUACUAAGAGUGCAGAAGACAUUCAUGAUCAUGAUAUGAUGAAAAAAGAUAGAAUUUAUAAAAUGCAGCUGGACACUGUCAUGAAGGAAUAUGCUUCUGAAAUCAAUAAAGCCUCUUUGGAUGAUGAUGGUGAUGGAUCACAAAAGAAAAGGAAAAUGAAAGAAAAGGAUAAAAAAGAAGACGAGAAAAUUGAUGACAUGGAGAUGGAUGAAGACAAGAAAAAUUUAAUAUCACGUGAAAUCCGUACAUUUCGGGAUUCACAUAAGAAUGAAGAUGAGAGGGAAAAAGAAAGAGAAAGGGAACGAGAGCGUGAAAGAGAGCGUCGAGAACGAGAAAGACGUGAACGGGAAAAAACUAUUGAAAAGGCCAGAGAAAGAGAAAGGCUACGGGACAAACCAAAAAAAAGGGAAAAGGAUAAGAUCUCUGAAAGAGCAGCUUGUUCUCUGAUAAAAAUGUACUUUUCUGAAAUACAUGCAUGUAUGUCUCUGUCUUGUUUAUCUGCAUGUUUCAUACAUCUGUCUCGAUUCAUGUUUCAGCAACUCAAACAGUGGGAAACAAGAGAACGCAAGAGGCAUCGAGAAUACGAGAAAGAACGAGAUAAAGAAGAAGACCGUAAAAUAGAACAAGGAAGAGAAGCAAAACGUCUGAAGGAGUUUUUAGAAGAUUACGAUGAUGAUAAAGAUGAUCCAAAAUAUUACAGAGGAAGUGCCUUCCAAAGACGACUUAGAGAUAGGGAAAAGGAGAUUGAUGAUGAUAUCAGAGACAGGAAGAAAGAAAAAGAAGAGUUGGAAGAUAUAAGAAGGAGAUUAAUGGAAGAAGGCCAUCCUGAUCCCGAAGCGGAAAUACAGAAACUUGAGAGGGAAACUGAAAGUCACAAACAACCACAGAUCAUCAAGAUAGAAGAACCUGAACCAGAAAUAAUACCAGAUGUAAAACACAAAUUAGAACCUACAUUAAAACCAGCAUAUGCACCACUUCAAGCUGCACCAGAGCCAACCAUGUUACCUGUAACGCAUACUCCAGAGUCAGGCAUGACUGAAAAUGACGACAGUGAAGGUUCUUUCUUGAUAGAAGCUGCAGAACAGAAACCAAGACUUGGCUUUUCAGGCUUAAAACUUGCUGCAGCAAAUAGUCCUCAACAGGCUGGCAGUAAAAAGAAGUUGAUGCUAAGUGAAGUGUUCAAUGCAAAUGAAGAGGAAGGAGCAGAUGGGAAAUCCAAGAAACGUAAACUUAUACCACUUGAUUACACAGAAGAAGAAAUGAAAGCAGUUAGGUCAUCACAGUCUGUUAUUACUGCUGCUGAAGAAAAAAGGAAACAUAUUAAGAAUCUUAUUGAAAGAAUACCAACUGCUAAAGAAGAAUUAUUUAAUUAUUCAUUGAAUUGGACGAUGGUAGAUGAGAGCCUGAUGGAAAGGCGAGUGAAGCCGUGGGUGAAUAAGAAAAUUGUUGAAUACAUUGGUGAAGAAGAGGCCACAUUAGUAGAUUUUAUUUGUCAAAAAGUUAUGGAUAGAAGUACUCCUCAAAGUAUUUUAAAUGAUGUCACUAUGGUACUUGAUGAAGAAGCUGAAGUCUUUGUUGUAAAGAUGUGGCGACUACUCAUUUAUGAAACUGAAGCAAAGAAAAUAGGUCUAGUAAAGUAGAUAACCAAUUUAUUGACCACAAUGUGGUUAUUUUAACACCUAAGUAGUCUAUUUCAUUGUAUAAAUCAAGGUCUCAAAUUCGGUGUUUUCAGUGCCCUUACUCAUCAAAAUUUUGGAGCUGACUGAACUCUUUGCAAUGUAAAUAAACAAAAAAGUUCCUUAUGAAUUUUAGUUUUUUCCAGCUCUAAUGAUUUCUUCAUGCCACUUAGACCAAUAAUUGAUGUUAAAUAUGUUUUCAAAUUCUUUCUCAGGGUGCCAGAAACUACCCUAUUAGUUUUAGGUGACUCGGAUUCAUUUGAAUUUGGUGCAAUAUAUUGUGUUUCACCAAUACUACCGUAACUCAUCAAAAAUGUAUAGGCCUUAUUCAAAUGGGUAUGGUUAUUUUCUGUAGAAUCUAAAUAACUGUAAAGAAGUCCUAUCUGAGACUGUUGCCAACAUGUCAUAGACCUUAUAUGCUGCAAGUAGUUUAUUAAACGAAUCUUGUAUUUUCUUAUUUUAAACUUUGGUUUGAACUGCCACAAUGUAUAUGUAUUAGUUCAGAUAUGGAUUAAAACAUUCCUAUUUGUAAAUAA